GUGAUGUGAGACAAAUAGAAAAACAAGUUCUAUAAUUUAUGAUGUUGCAUAAGAUGAGAUAUUUUUUCCUACAUACAGCAGUUUGUGUAUCAUUGUGUUUUUUAUGUGAGGACUUAUGGUUUGAAGGUGAUAACAAGAGCAAUCUCACCCACAAAAAUUUGUAUGUAAAUACAGAAAGGGAAAAGUUCUUUGCUGUGCUGAAAGGAAGCUCUCUUGAUUUCUAUUCAUAGUUCCUCAGUGUUCUCCUUCAAUCCAAUUUAAAUAUGGGUUUCGAAAUUUAAUCCUUUUGUUCUUUCUUUUCUUGUUAUUUUUUUUAUAUAGUUUCCUACUGAAGACAGUUAAGGAAGUUGGCUAUGGAGGAUACUGAUGAGAGUGGGAAUGUUCCUUCUAGCUGGAGUUGGGAAGACAAUAAGUUGUUUGAGUUAGCGCUGGCGGCGGUCGAUGAAGGAAAUCCUGAUAGGUGGGAGGCAGUUGCAUCCAUUAUUGGAGGCAGGAAGAGUGCAGAGGAGGUGAAGAGGCAUUAUGAGGUCCUUGUAGAGGAUUUGGAUAUCAUUGAAUCUGGUAGAUUGGAUCAUGCAGUCAGUGCAGUGCUCAAUGACACACAAGAUGCCUGUUGGACAGAUGAAGACCAAGAGAUGCUUGCUCAACUGAAUAUAAAAUGAUCAACUGCAGCCACAAACUCAACUUUGCUGCUCUUCCGAAUUGCAAAAGCCGAUCACUGAUUUACUGUAUACAAGUAAUUUUGCUCAAAGCUCAAGCUUGGCACUUCAUUCAUUACAUAUCCUUGACACUUGUUUAGGCAACACUGAUAUACUGACAUGUAAGUUGUGAAAUUCAUCCAUCAGGUUGAGGUGGAUUCCAAUAUCAAAGUAUAAAUAAAUGUACACAUCUAAAAGUUAAACCACGCAUUGUUUAAUACUUGUUUCAGUUUUCGAUGA